UUCUACUUCAUCAUCCUUUUUCUCUCCCACAACCACAAUUAAGCAUUUUGAGAAACUAGGAAAAGAAAAAUGUAUUAAGAUGACGAUCAUCCAACUUGAUAACAACCAUAGUCUGCUUUUAUUCAUAUUUUUAGUGGGAUUAAGCAACUGGAGUAUUUUUGUUGAGACGUCAUCUUACAAUGUUGUUAACUUUGGAGGGAAAGGUGAUGGAACGACUGACUCUACACAAGCAUUUCAAAUGGCAUGGGCUAAUGCUUGUGCCUCCACAGAAAAGGUCACUAUUUAUGUUCCACGAGGAAGAUAUUACAUUAAAAAUGUAACAUUCAGCGGACCUUGCAACAACAAGGGAAUCAUCUUUCGUAUAGAUGGCACUUUGGAGGCUCCCUCUGACUUUGUAGUUAUUGGAAACUCUGAAGCUUGGAUCUUGUUUAGGCAUGUUGAUGGAAUUACUAUCUUAGGUGGUAAUCUCGAUGGGCAUGGAGCUGCCUUAUGGGCUUGCAAGAAUUCUUCUUAUAACACUCUUUGCCCAACUGGGGCCACGACCCUUGAAUUCUCCAACUCAAAAAAUGUAGUGAUCAAUAAUCUAAAAUCACUUAAUAGCCAAAUGUUCCAUAUAACCAUAAAUGGAUGCAAAAAUGUGAUAAUUAAAGGACUUAGGGUCUCGGCCUCGAGUAAUAGUCCUAAUACCGACGGAAUUCAUGUGCAAUCAUCGUCUAAUGUGACCAUUAUAAAUUCCAAGAUAGGAACCGGAGAUGAUUGCAUUUCUGUCGGUCCUGGUAUUUCCAACUUACAAAUUGAAAAUAUCUCCUGUGGACCCGGCCAUGGAAUAAGCAUUGGUAGUCUGGGAAAAGAUGUAACAGAGAUUGGGGUGCAAAAUGUUACCGUAAAAAAUGUUGUAUUUUCGCGCACUAAAAAUGGGGUACGAAUCAAAACAUGGGGGAAGCCUAGCAAUGGGUUUGCUACCAACAUUAUUUUCCAGCAUAUUGUAAUGAACAAUGUUCAUAAUCCGAUUGUUAUCGAUCAGAAUUAUUGUCCAACUCACAAAGCUUGUCCAGGCAAGGCUUCUGGGAUUAAAAUCAGUAAUGUGACAUACCAAGACAUCCAUGGAACAUCAACCACUACCGUUGCAAUCAUGUUUGAUUGUAGUCCAACAAAUCCAUGUAUUGGAAUAAAGUUAGAGAAUAUAAGUCUUACAUAUAAGAAUCAAACGACCGAAGCUAGAUGUUACAAUGCAAGAGGAGUUGUAGUUGGUCAAGUUCAACCCACUGCUUGCUUCUGAAGAAACAGCUAGUUACGAACUAUAUAUUGGGUUUGAAUGUGUAUAUGUUAUUAUUAUGCAAAAUAUUUAUGUUAUGAUUGAAAGUACGUAUAUUUGUUGUAUCAUGAAAAUUUUAUUGAUAUUCAUUAAUAAAUUAUUGAAUAUAUUGUUAUUUUAGAAAA